GUGAUUGGGCCUAGCCCAUAAUAUCGUGCACAAGGUCUGUCUACCAUGAGCUUUCCGCAUCCUCAGUGGAAGGUAUCUGUAUCUGAAUGGCGAGCAGUGCGAUGCAGCGGUGCGGCAUAGCAGCCACUGCAAGGUGGUUGACGGCGUCCUCGACGGCGUGUGGAGGAGGAGGUUUACCUACGGUGUGCGGGCGAGGUGACAAGAAGACGAAGAAGGGGAAGAGAUUCAAGGGAUCGUACGGUAACGCUAGGCCGAAGAAGGAGAAGAUGAUAGAACGGAUCAAGGACAAAGUGGAAGUCCCCAGGUCCACUCCUUGGCCUCUCCCUUUCAAGCUCAUUUGACUGCUGCAUCUACUUUCUAGGGUUUUGAAUUAUGUUCUUCCUGCUUUGGGGCAGCAAUAAGUAAAUUACUAGAUUAGCCUCGUAUCCCUGUGAGGGAGGUUCGGGUAUGAGAAGCACAUUUCAUUACUUGCCUUUGCUGUUCUGCAUAUACAUAUUGAGUUUUUCAUUCACAGUUGAUUUUCAAUGUUUAUUAGUCAGUCAUCAAUUGUUAGGCUCAUUUCAAACAGUAUUUUCCUCUA